ACCUCCGCGGGCCCGCUAGUCUUUCCCGCCAUGUCGUUCGUGGAGGGCGGGCGGCGCUCCGCCGCUCUGCGCCGACGUCUCGACACCCCUGUCACGUUUUCCCGGCCCGCGUUUUCCACGUUCACUCAGGGGGAUAGUUGGGGUGAGGGUGAAGUGGACGAGGAGGACGGGUGCGACCAAGUGGCCCGUGAUCUGCGGGCGGAGUUCUCGGCCGGGGCGUCGUCGGAGCCUAGAAAGGGCUCUCUAUUCCGGCGGGACGGGGACGGCUCUCCGGUUCUGCCCGAUAAGCGCAAUGGCAUUUUCUCGGCGGUUGCGGACGACGGAGCCCAGGCUCGGCGGUGGCCGGUCCAGGUCCUCUCAAUUCUUUGUUCGCUGCUGUUCGCCAUCCUCCUCGCCUUCCUCCUCGCCAUCGCCUACCUGAUCGUAAAAGGUACUGAAGCUCCGGCGCUGAAAGUCUCUGUCCAGAGUAAAGUUGAUCUUGGACAGUUGCAUGCUGAGAAUUUAAAGACUGAAGAGGACAUAGACACUGGGCUACUAGGAUUCUGGACUCUACUUAUAAUAUCUCUAUCUGCUGGAUUCUCCUGCUGUAGCUUUUCUUGGACAGUGACUUAUUUUGAUUCUUUUGAACCAGGAAUGUUUCCUCCUACUCCUCUUUCACCAGCCAAGUUCAAGAAACUGACUGGACAUUCUUUCCACAUGGGCUAUAGCAUGGCAAUUUUGAAUGGCGUUGUUGCUGCUCUUACUGUAGCAUGGUGCCUCAUGUAAACCUACACCGAAGCAAUAUUUUUGGUAAAACUUAGUCAUGGUUGCUUUAUAAUAACAGGGAAGAACAUCAUUUCAUCAUUUGUCUACUCAGAAGACCAAGAAACCUGCUGUCUGUGGUUCAGAUAUGUCAUAUCAUCACCAUUAUGGAGGACCGUUUUGUUUUGUUUUUUAAAUGGAGGACCUUUGUAAGCACCAUUCUAGAACUUAGGCAUUGAGAAUAUCUGAGUAUUAAUUUUCAAGUAAUUUCUUAAAAAUGUAAGGUGUUUACCUCGUCUUUUUACUUUUGUGUGCAUUGUCCUUAUAAAUUAUAGAAAACAUUUUAGUGGAAUUCAAACAUGAAAACUUGAAUAUGGGAUAAUGCUAUGUAUAAUACUACAUUUUUGCUAAGAAAUACUAGUGGACUGUUUAAAUGAGAUAGAAAUACUUAUUUAUUCAUGAUAUUAGAAAAGCAAACAAUGCCUACUACUUUGACAUUUUAUAGAAGCUACUUUGAAAUCAGAAUAGUUUUCAAUAGUGAUAAUCAACAGAAGGUGCAUUUAUAUUUUUUAAUGGGGUAUAAUUCCUUAUGUGUUUUUUUAAUAUAUUUUCUUACUACAUAUUGAAUUUGUAUGUUUUUAAAAUUGCUACAUCUAAACAAAUGUAUAUGUUAUUUUUUAGCUGAGGGAAGCCUAAUACCUACCAUUUUAAGUAAGUAUUUUGUUUUUUUUUUAAAAAAACAAAAAAACAAA